AUGGUAUUGUUUGUAAAAAGCAUUUUCGUUGCGUUCUCGAUUUUUCAAGUCGUUUGCGCGCGACCCUUCGGAGAAAAUGGCGAUGAUUUAUCGAGUGAUACUCUCUUCGAUGAUUAUGAAAUGGUGUCUAAUCAGCAUAGAAUAUCAGAUGAUCUUCGAUUGAGAUUGACAAACAUUUAUCCUGGGAAUACGUGUCCUAUUGGCGAAUUGUAUCAUACGAUCGUUAACAGCGGCCAGAGAGAUAAUUCUUACUACUGCCGGUUCCAUCGAGAAAUUAUGAAUUAUUUCAGUGAUCGAUUAUUCGUCGGCGAACUGACAGAAGAGAAAACAAUCAACAGAGUAGAAGUAUUGUUCUAUGAUCAAUCGAAUCAACCUGUCUUAGAUCCAUAUGGCAGUCUAAUUCGAUAUACAUCCAGUGCACACGAUUUGGGAUAUACUUUGGAAUUACUCGAAUUACAAUUUUCAUUUACGUAUAUUGAAUUUGUGUUAACAUUACAAUCUGACACUGCAUUUAAUAGACAAAAUCUUUUCUUCCAUUUCUCACAUUCAAUAUCAGAAAACGAUGUAACAGGAAGAAUUAUCGGUCCAACGUUGUAUCUUCUUGGCCCAAGAAAACCCAUCUACACCGUAACAACGACCUGUCCAGUCGAUAUAAGAUGUGUAUGGCUGUUAGCAAAUCAAAUUAUUUUCGAUGGGCCCGAUACGUCUGUCGCUUUAGAUUGUACUGAAAAUCAUAUUGGCAAUCCAGUAUUAUCUUAUGUAAGUAUCAUCGAUGGCAUUCAACAAAUCCUGGCAUCACUUUCAAUACAAAUAUGCAGAAAAUGCACGAAGAAUCAUCCAAAAACAACCAACACAUUCCCUUCAAUCGCCACUAAGGAUAGCACGAUUUCCAAUACACCACCCAUCACGGCCACUACCCAAGACCCAUAUCCGAUUCUUUCAUACUCUACCACCGUAACAACCGAAUAUACCGCAAAAGAAACAAAUUCCACCAUCGGUGCCACUCAAUACACAAAUACAACCCUAUCAGAUACCACGCCAACCAAUACAACCAUUGCCCCGACAGCAUCAAGCCCAGCGCCGACUGAUUCGUCUAUAUCCGCCGAUUCUACCAACGCUGCAAUUGACUGGAGCGCGACCGUAAACGAUUCUUCUGGAUCAACAGACUCCACCAAUGCUACCACUGAAUCCAGCACACCAGAUUCUACCACUAGUACGACAGAAUCGGCCACACUCGAUUCUACCAGUGGUACGAACGAAUCUGGGACGGCCGUUACCGAUUCGUCUGUAUCGACAGAAUCUACCAAUGCUACGAAUGAAUCCAGAACACCUGAUUCUAGCACUAGUACGACAGAAUCGAUCAGACCAGAUUCUAACAGUGCUAUAAUUGACUCUAGCACGGCCGAUACCGAUGCGUAUGGAUCAACAGACUCUACCAAUGCUACGACUGAAUCCAGCACAGCAGACUCUAGUACUACUACGACACAAUCGACCACACCAGAUUCUACCAAUGGUGUAAUUCCCUCGAGCACGACCGUAACCGAUUCCACUGUAUCCACAGACUCCACGAGUGCCAAGAACGAAUCCAGCACUAGUACGACAGAAUCGACCACACCAGAUUCUACCAGUGCUAUAAUUGACUCUAGCACGACCGUAUCCGAUUCGUCUGCAUCGACAGAUUCUACCAAUACUACGAAUGAAUCCAGCACACCGGAUUCUAGCACGAGUACGACAGAAUCGACCACACCAGAUUCUAACACUGCUACAAUUGACUCGAGCACGGCCGUAUCCGAUUCGUCUGGAUCAACCGACUCAACCAAUGCCACGACUGAAUCCGGCACAGCAGACUCUAGUACUACUACGACAGAGUCGAGCACGCCAGAGUCUCCCAUUGCCACGACAGUAUCGAUCGCACCAGACUCCACCAAUGCUACGAGUGAAUCCGGCACACCAGACUCUAUCGCUAGUACCACAGAAUCGGCCACACCAGAUUCUUCCACUGCUACAAUUGACUCGAGCACGGCCGUAUCCGAUUCACUCUAG